UAUUUGUUUUGGUUUUGCUCAACUUCCAUAUGUGAAUUGUAGAUUGCAUUAUUUGGAAUUGUGAUUCUUCAAUGUCGGCGAGAAAUAUAUGUCGUUAUUUACUACCGAGAAGUUUUAAUUUGUAUUCCAAACGACCAUAUAAUACUUAUGCAGGAUUUCGGAGACGACGUAACCAAAUUCAUUCUCGUAAUUUAUGUAUUCUUCCUAACCGUGCCUCAUCUAGUGUAUCUUCGCGGCUUAAUGUUGCCGAUGAAUAUAAACACCUGAUUGAUGAAUUUCCAACACCAAAGGAAAUUCUUUGGAGAUUACUUAAUGAAGCUUAUAUUAUGACAAAGAAUGCUGACAUAAAACCUAUAUUUCAGGAAGAUCAAAUACUUAAUGAAGGAACAGCACAGAGAGUAUGGAAAUACAGUAUAUACAUGAAAUGGCCAAAAACUCUUGUUAUUGAAGGAAUUUCCAGUAGGAAACAUGAAGCUGAAAGUCUUGCCUAUCUCCGUGCAUGUCAAAAAAUGAAGGAAUUAAACUUACUGGACAAUGAUAACAACCCAUUAUUAUCUGGGAAAAAAAGCACUUUUUAUAAUGAAAGCAUAGCAUCAGCUAAAACUGACUUGCUAAACCUUUGCCAGAGGAUUUAUAAUACACAUGGCAGAAAUCCUGAUUACUUACCAAAAUUUGAAAUCUCACAAGAAGAAGGUAUCGUAGGCAAAGUUAGUUUUUGGAAAUGCAAACUUCACCUAGCAUAUCCAGAGAAGAAAUCAUUUGAAAGCUGUGCAGGACGUGUGAAAGAAGCUGAGGGCAUUGCUGCUGCUGAAGCUUUACUUUGGCUGGAGAAAGAGAAAAAUAUCAUCAAUACAAAAAGACAGUUGAUUAAUUAUUCUAAAGAUGAAGAAGAAAAAUUAUCCAAAAAUCAUUUUGCUCCUUACUCUAUUUGCCUUCCUUCAUUACUUCAAGACAAAAUGCUCUCAGUGCUUCAAAAAUUGAAUGAAUUGACUAAAGAUGGCAAUUCUGAGUCAUUUCUUGAAGAUUGCUCAAUGCAAGAGGACAAUAAUUGCAGUUUGGAUGAAAUUCAGAAACGAAAUUUAAUUACUGAUGAAAUAUAUCAAGAAUUAUCAGAAGCAGAAAAUAUUAAUAGAAGUCGUGAAAUGUUUCAGAAAUAUAUUUCUCAUCUUGAAAGCAGUGAGCCAAAUGUACAGGAAAUUAGAAAUGUAACAUCUAAUCUACCAAUUGCUAGCAAAAAAAAUGAAAUUUUAAAACAGCUUAAUGAAAACCAAGUUGUAGUGUUAUCUGGAGAUACAGGAUGUGGAAAAACUACUCAAGUUCCUCAGUACAUUCUUGAUGAAUAUAUAGCAAAAUUAAAAGGAGCUAAUUGUAACAUUAUCAUAUCACAGCCUAGAAGAAUAUCUGCAAUAUCAAUUGCAGAAAGAAUUGCCUACGAAAGAGGUGAACAAGUUGGCGAGACAAUUGGAUAUCAUGUGCGCUUGAAAAAAAAUUUGCCAAAACAGAGUGGUGCUAUGCUAUUUUGUUCUACUGGGAUGUUGCUUCGCAAAUUGUGUUUUAAUCCUAAUCUUGAUGGAAUAAGUCAUGUUAUUGUUGAUGAAGUUCAUGAAAGAAGCAUGCAGAUUGAUAUCUUACUAAUCCUCUUAAAACGUUUACUAGAAUCAAAUAAGAAUAUAAAAAUAUUAAUUAUGAGUGCAUCUUUUAAUACAUUUCUUUUCUCACAAUAUUUUAACAACUGUCCUGUCAUACAUGUUCCAGGAAAUGUGUACCCUGUGAAAGAAUACUAUUUAGAAAAGUUGCCUUCUGAUUUAGUAGGAGUUAACCCUCAUAGUAAAAUCGAACCUAUACUUGACGUUAAUUUAGUUGCAAAUGCUAUUAAUUUUGUACAUAAAACUCAGAAAGGUGGAGCCAUUUUGUGUUUUCUACCUGGUUGGCAUGAUAUAUUGGCUGUGCAAAACAAACUUCUUGAAAUAUGUGAAGAUCCAUCGGAAUUAAAAAUCUGUCGUGCUCAUUCAAGAUUGCCCCAUGAGGAACAGAAAAUGAUUUUCGAACCUGCUCCAGAUGGAGUUCGCAAAAUCAUUUUAACAACAAACAUUGCAGAAACAUCCAUUACUAUAAAUGAUGUAGUAUAUGUUGUGGACAGUGGGCUUCAUAAAGGUACUACUUUUGAUGGUGAACAUGGUGCAGCUACUUUAGCAACUCAAUGGAUCACAAAGGCUAAUGUUCGCCAGAGAAGGGGUAGAGCUGGUCGAGUGCAGCAUGGUGUUUGUUAUCAUUUAUUCCCUCAACAGAUUCUUACUUUUAUGGAAGAUUAUCCAAAGGCAGAAAUUUUGAGAAUGCCCCUUGAAAGUGUUAUUCUAGACUGUAAGUUGUAUUGUCCAAAUUCCAAAGCUGAAGAUUUCCUUUCAACUGCCUUACAACCACCUAGUCAAUCUUCUUUACAAAUAGGGGUGCAUGAACUUCAACAAAUAGGUGUGCUGGAUGAAAACGAAAACCUAACUGAUCUAGGAAAGGUGAUUGUAAAAUUCGCAGCACACCCACGUUUAUCUCUUGCCCUUGUUUAUGCUUCUUUUCUUGGAUGUUUGGAUCCAAUUUUAACUAUAUGUACAGUUUCAACACUUACCAAAGAACCAUUUUUGAAUACACUGGAAGACAAAUCUCUUAUUAAAACAAUUAAGCAAGGUUUUGCCAAUUACUUGUUUAGUGACCAUUUAGCAAUCACUAACAUCUUUGAAGCAUGGAACAAUCUAAAAGAUACUCCAGAAGCUCAGAAUUUUCUACUGGAAAAUUUAUUAGAUGAGCAAAGUAUGCAUUUUAUUAAAGAUUUAAAAGCUUUGUUUGCUCAAAGUUUAUUUGAAGCUGGUAUUAUUGAAAGUCCAGAUGCCUUUUUGGAUCCUGAAAACAUAUGCAAUAUUAACCGUAAUAAUAUUCCUUGCAUAUUUUCUGUUCUGUCGGCUGCAUUUUAUCCAAAUGUUAUGAAAGUAAUGCAGGGAGAUAUAACUCAAGGAAAGAUCGACAAGGAUGCUGUUAUUUAUUCUCUUGUCAAAGGCCAACAAGGUUAUAUUCAAAGAGAAUCUGUCGCUUCAACAGAAUUUGAACUUCCAAGUCCAUGGCUUGUUUACUUUAAAGCUUUGCAUUCUGAAGCUCGUCGUAAGAUUAUGACUUCUGCUGUUUCUCCAGUCCCGGGUAUUUGUCUUUUGCUCUUUGCAGGACAACAGCUAACUAUUAUAAAUGAAGACAUCAAUGAUCCUAGCAAUGUUAUACUGAUGUUGGAUAACUAUAAAAAGUUGACAUUUUCCUGUAAAAAAGGAGACGCUGAGCUACUACUUAUUUGGCGCAAUCACUUGAAGAACUUCUUUAGGACUUAUAUUCAAACUCUGAAGUCGCAAAAUAAUGACCUGUCUUUUUAUAAUGAAGAAUUUUUACCAGUUUUGAAGGAAAUAAUCUCAACUCCUCAAGUACCUUUCACGAAAGGACAACUUUAUAAAUUUGUAAAUAAUGAGCUAGUAUCAGAAGAAUUUUAGCUUUAUUAUAAAAAUUAAUUUUAAUUUAUGCAAUUAACAUCUGUAUAUUGUAGACAUCUGUAUGAUAAUUGAAAUCAUUGUAGGCAUCUGUAUGAUAAUUGAAAUCAUUGUAGGCAUCUGUAUGAUAACUGAAAUCAUUGUAGGCAUCUGUAUGAUAACUGAAAUCAUUGUAGGCAUCUGUAUGAUAACUGAAAUCAUUGUAGGCAUUUGUAUGAUAAUUGAAAUCAUUGUAAACUUUGUAAUUAUCAAUUAAUAUCUGUAUGAUUGAAUUGAAAUCAUUGUAAUUAUCAAUCAAUAUCUGUAUGAUUGAAUUGAAAUCAUUGUAAAUACUUUUCGUCAAAGAAUAAAUCUUCAAAAUUUUA